AGUGGCUCGAUUGGCACGCUACAUAGAAAGGGAGUCAGAGUCGAUCGUUAUGCUGGCCGCUACUGAGACCUCACUGACGCUGCUACUGAAAGGAAAGCAAGAAACCCGGCAGAAUUUGGUCAAAGAACUGACGAAUAUUAAUGCAGACUUGUCCACCAAAGGGAUUACAAUCCACAUUCCCGUUCUUUUUAAAUUCGACACGCGUGGUUUUGAACCGGAGAACAUUACGCUGAAGACGCUGAACGGUCAGCUGGCGGUGCAGGCCAAGCGCCAGGAAACCGACGGGGAAUAUCAUUGCGCUCGUCAGCUUGAUAUGACGGUUAGAAUUCCGGAGGAGGUUAAUGUGGAGGAACUGAAAGGUUACAUUAGUGGCGACGGAUUCUUACAUAUGGAAUCGUUGUACACGGCACCGGCUAUCGAGCAGAAGGAGGAGUUCCGGGAGAUUCCCAUCACCCAUGAAUAACCCAAAGCCGUGGAACAGGCCAAGAAGUGAGAAAGCGGCCGCGAAUGGGACCAGCACGACUGAAUGGUAAAAGUUAAUUCUCUAUUUAUCGUUUGUUUCGCACGGUUUCAUUUUUUUGUAACUCCAGUGAUGGAAUUAAUUCCCUGGUAAUUUUUUUGUCGGCUCUAGCCGUUAUAAUCUUGAUGAGGAAAUGGUGAGUUUCUUGUGGUCUCAAACGAUUGAUCUUUCUGCUGGUACAUGAUAUCAUGAUGCUGGUCUCAUGUUGCAUUUAUCGACAGUCCGCUGCUUGAUUUAGCGAAUUAAUCUGUUUGUAUUUUGCGUUAUAAUAAAAUACAAUUCUGGAAA